UGGUGGGAUGGAGGGAGGACAACUAUAAUCCGGCAUAUACAGCAUUGCAUUAAUUCAGGGAUAGUGACAGGUUAAUAUGAGGCUGGAGGAGGAGAGACACAUCCUGGGUAACAGGGAUACAGGAUCAGACUGACUGAGGGACAUACAGAAUGUGCCCAUUGAUAUCCAGACCAGCCGUCUUCUGGACUGGCUGGUGGACCGGAGGCACUGCACACUCAAGUGGCAGAACAAGGUACUGCAGAUCAGAGAAAAGAUUAACCAAGCCUUGCAGGACAUGCCGGAGCAUGAGGAAAUCAGGAGUCUGCUAUCUGGCACAUAUAUUAAUUACUUCCACUGUCUGAGAAUUGUGGAAAUCCUGAAAGCAACAGAGGCUGCUACCAAGAACCUGUUUGGUAGAUACUCCUCUCAGAGAAUGAAGGAUUGGCAAGAAAUCCUGUCUCUGUACCAGGCUGAUAAUACAUAUUUGGGGGAGUGUGGCAGUCUCUUGGUGCGCAGUGUGACUUAUGAGAUCCCUGCUCUAAGGAAGCAGAUAUCUCGCUGCCAGCAGUUGGUCGUGGAGAGCGAGCGACGGGCUGAAGAGUGCCUGCAUGGAGCAGCAGAACAACGGGAGCAGUAUCACAGCAGCUGCAAGCGCUAUGGGAUCAAUGGAGAAGAUGUACGCAAGGAGCUUCUGUUUUUGGUUCGUGAUGUCCCAUCUCUCCUGAGACGAGUUGGAGCAGACGCUGCAGCACUUUUGCCUGCUAUCCAGCUGUACCAGGCCUGUGUGAGCUUUGUUUGCGAAAGUUCAUCAGAUCAGGCUGUCCCACUCCUCCGGCAUGUGCAAGAACGUGGAGACACCACUGUCUAUGAGUGGCAUGUUGGAGAAGUUCCAGAGAGAGUGGAGCGGCCAGAGAUUGAGGAACCAGAGAUUUCUCAAUCUCCAGACAAUGGAGAAAUUGACUGGGGUGAUUUGGGGGGGCAAACUGCGGAUACGGGUAUUGUACUGGAAGACCCAGGAAGUGGCGAUAUAGACUGGGGUAUUACAGCAGAUUCAGAGAUAGAGGGAGCAGACACUAUAGUCUGGGACAGCGAAGAUGUGCCAGCUGCUGAAAUAAUCACAGUGGUCGAAGCAGGAAAUGACGUCCCAAUAGGUGUGGCUCGUGGAUCAGAUGCUCUCACCGUUCUAGAAAAUACAGAGACUCGUAAUCAAUUUGUGGAUGAAUUAAUGGAGUUGGAGGUCUUCUUAUCCCAGUGGCUUCAGGGCCUGGAUAGUGACACAGACAUUGUGACUGUUACACAAUUUCAGUCUGCUCCAUCCAUUCUCCAUGGACAGUCUCGGCAAAAAAUUGAAUCUAUGUUAUCGGUUGUACAAGAUCUAAUUGGCCGACUCACAGAUGUACGAAUAAGACACCUUUUUCUUAUACUUGCAUCUCCCCGGUAUGUGGAUCGUGUGACAGAUCUGCUGCGUCAGCGCCUGAGGCAGGCCGAGCUCUUGGAGAGAAAAAGUGAAGCAUGGGUGGAGAGAGGCAAGGCGGCGCAGGAGGAGAGGCUAACUCUAGAGCCCAAGCUGCUUCUUAUACAAGAAAGAAGCAAGGAGCUACAAGGGCAGAUUGAAGCAGACUUAUCCCGGAGGUAUAAUAACCGUCCUGUGAAAAUGAUUGGAACUGGCCUUUGAACUUUCCUCUCUCACCUCAUACUGAGGUUUGAUUAUCAGAUAUUAAAACAUUAUUUUGAUAGUAUAUAGGAAUCUUUUAUGCCAAUAAUAAAGACACCU